CAAAAAAGUGAAAGAAAUCGAGUGAGAUUAAAGAAGACUGAGACUCCCACUGGACAUUGAAUGCAACAACAACAAUAACAACAGUAGCAGCAAACAAGCAAAGAGAGAGACAGAGAGAGAGAGAUAAUUACCCUGGUAUCCCCAGGUAAUACACCCGAGAGCACUUCCAAAAUUCGGAAUACGGAGAAGGAUUAGGAGCCAUGGUCGUCGCUUAAUUACGCAAUUAAAUUAUAUAUAUUUUGUGCCAUUGACAUUGCCAUUGACAUUGCCGUUGGACGUGGCAUGGAUCUGGAGCCAAAGCUGAACGAGUUGAACGAACCCUGUGCCACCCGUCCAGCUGUGUGCUAGGAGGAAUCAAACGCAAAACUCCGUCUCCCAAUCCCAACGGGAGACAAAAUUCAUUAAUUUCUGAUCGGAGCAGUGCGAGGAGUAGCAUCAACCAUGUGCCAUGGAGAGCCUGGGCCUGGGAAGCAGACGCAACAACAGCGGCAACUCCAGCGCGGGUCCGACGACUGCCAGCCCUGUGAAUGCCACCAGCAGUGGUGCGGGAGCAGUGGGAGUGGGAGUGGGAGCAGGAGUGGCAGUGGGCGUGGGAGUGGUUGUGGGUGGAGGACACAGCCAUCACCUGGGCAAGGUGCUGGUCCACUCGAAGAUGAAGCAUCAGCAUCCCGCCAAUCAGAACUACUACACGCAGCAGCAGACGCAACUGCAGCGACUCAAGCAGCAGCAGAAGCUCCAGCAGCAACAGCAACAGCAGCAGCAGCAGCUGGAGGGGAUUCACGGGGUGGUGGGUGUGGCUAAGCACUGCCUGCAGUUUCCGCCGCCUCCAGACUACCCGCCGCCUGCAGCAGCAGCAGCAGCAGCCGCCGCAGCAGCCUCCUCAGCGGCAACUGGCGGAGGAGCAGCGUCGCUGCUGCUGGAGAGGAAUGGGGGCAGAAGACAGCUGCUGCCCCGUUAUCCGGACCCCGAUCCGGAUGCCAUUGAGAUCUGCAAUGAACAGGAGACCUCACCGCACCACCUCAAACAGCUGGCGGCACGCCAGAGCAAGACACUCGGCAGGAUUCACAGCCACCAGCACCACCAGCAGCAGCAACAGCAGCAACAGCAGCAGCAGCAUCCACUGCAGCACCAUGUCCAUCAUGACUACUCGUACGCCUACUACGAGCCGGGAGCCGCCAUGCGCCACUCGAAUGUGCCCCGGCCGGAGGGAGCGGCAGCCAGCAAGGGCAGCGCCGCCUCAGGAUCUGCUGCAGCGGCCGGAACAUCCACCACAUCCUCCUGCUCCUCGUCAUCGUCCUCCGGUGAGCCACCGCCACCCAACUCCAUACGCGCCCUGCUGUCCAAGGGCAAGAAGAACAAACAGCUCGUCUCGCCGGCCACCCUGCAGUCCUACCAGACGCGCUACCACAAGCUGGCCACCGCCUCCCGGCUGGGCCUGGGCCUGGGCCAGAGCGAGAACUUCUACGAGGAGAUCAAUGCGGCCGCCCUGCAGUCCUCCUCGCAGCAGCAGCUGAGGAGCACUGUGGGCUCCCAUUCGGCGGGUUCGCUCAAUCAGACGCUGGUCGAGGAGGAGCAGCGUCGCGUGCAGAGUCGCCACCACAAGAUCCUGGGCGAACUGAAUCUGAGCGUGGAGGCCAUGCUGAUGCCGGAGAGUCCGCCCAAGGUGUUGCAGCAGCCCGGCGGCGGCGGCACUGCCUCGGCCACGCCCCCCAAGCCCACUGUCUGCGUGACGGCGGCCAGCGGACAGCCGUCAAUGAUGACGGCGCGACUCACCUCCACAUCGGCGGACAACAUCUGUGAUAGCAGCGAGACUGGCAGCGGCGGCGUGGAGCAGCUGCUGCUGGCCACGCUCAGCGACCUGGACAGUGGCUUCAGUGGCAGCAGCGGCGCCAGUUAUAUCGGCAGUCUGCGCCUCACCAAAACGCAGCACAUCAAGUGCGCCCGCCAGACGCCCACAGCCUCCGCCACAAUGUCCACGAUGGCCACACAAAGCUGUCGAUCCUUUCAGCGGGCGGCCACCGUUUACGAUGAGGCGGGCAUGGGCAUGGGCAUGGGCGGGGGCAGCGGCAGCGGCAGCACCUUCCUUACGCGCGCCUCCUGCGGCCGUCGGAUACUCAGCUGCGCCCGCAUCAGAGCUGCCGAGGAUCCGGGACCGAAUCAUCAUCUAAAUCAUCUCAAUCUGAAUCAUCGAACGGGCGUACAGCUGAUGACGCCAGCGACGACGACGACGGCGACGGAGUCGAAGGCGCGCAGCUUCUGGAACCGCAAGGGCUGGCGCAAGCUGCCCGGCUUCUCCACGUCCACGUCGAGCAUCAAUGAUGCGGGUCUGCAAGAUGAGCACCGAAUAAACUCUGGCUCAUGGGAGGACACCUUGGACGAUCAGCAACAGCACCAGCAGCAGCAGCACCAGCAGCAGACGUCUUCGUUUAUCCACUCGCCAUCGUCGAUCAAUCCGGGACACAACGCCAGCAUCACCACAGCGCAGCUGCAUAGCGCCUUCAGUCGACGCAUCGCCGAACAGCGGGAGCAACGAGAACAGCAGCAGCAGCAGCAGCAGCAGCAGCAACAGCAGCAACAGCAGCAACAGCAGCAGCGAUCCUGCAACAAUCUACUCAGUCUUAAGGCCAGUCCUAGCGGCAGCCAGGACAGCGGCGCCCCCACAAUUGCCGGCGGAAGCUUCAGCGCCAACGGUGGCCAGGCUGCCGUUGGUGUUGGCGUUGGCGUUGGUGCAGUCGUAGGCAGCAGCGGCGCCUGCAGCAGCACCAGCAGCGAGCGCGACAACAAGUCGCCGUGUCGUGAAAGGGAGUCGGAGAGGGAAGCGCCCACUGCGAGCCACUCCGACGAGGAGGUAUUAACCGAAGAGGAGCAGACCAGCAGCAGCGUGAGUUCCCUAAGCGCCAACAACCAACGCAAUUCGCAAUUGCGUUCCACCUUCAACAAGGCCAAGCAGCAUUUGUCCUUUGACAAAUGGCGCACGGCCGGCACCGGCACAGGACCCGCUUCCGCAUCCGCUUCCGCUUCCGGUUCCGGUUCAGGCACUGCAACAGCCGGCACAUCGAAUAGCUCAGCAUCGGGACAAACUCCGGCAACGGACAGCAGCAGCAGCAACAUGAUUAUGCGCAGGGCCAGCGCCUGCACAAUGCCCGCCACUGGUGGCGGGUCAUCGUCGCAACGCGAGGAUCUCACGACUCCCGGCGAGUCCCCAGGCGGCCGUCUCUCGCGUUGGUUCUCGAUACGUCGCGGCUCCACGCACCAGUACGAUGUCCGCCAGUCGACGGCGGCCAGCUUCGAUACGCCCGAUGCGGCAGCAACGGCCAUGGCGGCUGGCAGCGCCGCCGCCGGCGGGGGAUCACCCAAAAUAGUGGCAGGCACAGCGCUGGACAGCAGCUCGCCCGGUAAGCUGGCCACAUUGGGUGCCAGCAAGAUGAUGCCCGGAGUACCAGAGAAUGAAGAUGACGAGGCAUCAGCAGCGGCGGUGGCCAGCAAUCGCUUCGACAUGGACAUGAUGCUGACACCGGGCGGCAGUCGUGCAGCAGCAGCCACAGCAGCAGCAGCAGCAGCAGCCAAUGGGGGCGGCAAUGCCCGCACGGCCCAUGGACGUUUGAUUGUACCGAUGCUGCCACCGGCACCGGCCGGACUCUCGCAGCAGCAGCUCAAGCGGCGACACAUUGUGGCAGCCAUCGUGCACAGCGAGAACUCGUAUGUGGCUACCCUCCAGCGUCUAGUCAAUGAUUACAAGAAACCCUUGGAGGAGUGCAAUCCACCCGUUCUGAAUCCAGUGAAGAUCGCCACUCUGUUCCAUUGCCUGCCGGACAUUUUGCACUCGCACAAGCUGUUCCGCAUCUCGCUGGCUGAGUGCGUACGCAAUUGGGACAGGGACGAGAAGAUCGGCGAUUGUUUUGUGAGCGCCUUUGGCAAGCCGCAGCUGCUGGAGAUCUACUCGGGCUUCAUCAACAACUUCUCGGCGGCCAUGGAGCUGGCCAAGAUGGAGGAGAAGCGCAAAUCGGCAUUGGCCGACUUCUUCAAGGUGAAGCAGAUCAGCGCCCACGAUCGUCUGUCGUUCUUUGGGCUGAUGGUGAAGCCGGUGCAGCGCUUUCCCCAGUUCAUACUGUUCCUGCAGGAUCUGCUCAAGUACACGCCGCAGGGCCAUCACGAUCGCAUGUCCCUGCAGCUGGCCCUCUCCCAGCUGGAGCUGCUCGCCGAGCUGCUGAACGAGAGCAAGCGCGAGGCGGAACAGUAUCAGGCGUUCAAGGAGAUGCUCGGCCACAUCUCUGGCACCUUCAAUACGCGCGCCCUCAGCAGCGUCAGCGUCACCGAUGGCCACGGCGGGCCCCGUCCGCGCUACCUUCUGCGCGAGGACAAUGUCACCCACAUGGAGUUCAACCAGGCCGGCCUCAUGGUCAAGUGCAAGCAGCGACGGCUGCUGCUGCUCAACGACAAGGUCAUCUGCGUGUCCGUCGCCCCCAAGCAGUCGCACGACUUUGGGGCCACCGAGAAGCUCACCUUCAAGUGGAUGUUCCCCGUCAACGAUGUCGAGAUCGUGGACAAUAGCACAUCGGCCACGCUGUCGCGCAUACUCACAGCAGGUCUCAAUCGCGGCGGCAGUCUCAAGUCGAAUAGCAGCACUGGGGGCGCCACUGGCAGCCCCUAUGCCCACGGCACUCUGCCGGGCCAUGGCGGGGCGGACAGCAGCUCGCCGGCAGCGGCAUUGACCAGCGGCGCCGACAAUCUGUGCAGCGAGAUGAGCACCCUGAUGUACGAUUACGAGGUGAUCUCGCGCAUCCACGAUCUGGUGGGCAGCCUCAAGGGCAGCUACAAGGAUCUGAAUGCGAACACCACACGCACCGUCCUGAAUGCCAUACAGGGCUCCAUUCAGCGCAAGGACGAGGAAAUGGCCUGGGUGGACUCGUGCUGUCUGCAGGUGGUCGGCCGCCACAAGUCCGGCAAGGAGGAGACCUUCACAUUCCAGACACAGAAUCCACACGUCAAGAAGGAAUGGAUCACGGAGCUGCGUCUGGCCCAGCUGGCCCUCGAUCCGAAUAAUUCGCCCGCCUGGGAGCGCAGCGGCUCCCAGCCGGGCCAUCCGGCCAUGCAGUCCGCCGACCGCCAGAUGCCGCAUCACACACCCGAACAGUUGCAGCUACAGGAGGCUAUACAGCAGAAGCAGUCGCGCAAGAUGCCGCUCUUUGUCAAGGCAAUGCCCAUCUUCAAGUCACAGCAUCAAUCCGAGGUGCGCUGUGGAUGCUAUUAUAGCAUUGCCAACGACACAAAGCAGAGCGGCAAUGCGCGACGGCGGCACAAGCAGCUGAACUAUCUGUGGAUGUGCAGCAGCGACGGAUCCAACUCGCAUGUCACCAUCUUUGCGCAGCAUCCACAGCAGGCGGGCAAUUUGAGGGAGGCGGGCGCCUUUGAUCUGCAGGAGACGACCGUGUCGGCACUGGAGUUUAUCAAGGGGCUGGAUCAGUGGAAGAUGCAGCGCGAGGAGCCGUCAGCCAGCCUGCUGGGCGAUCUCAUUUGGAUGGGCACCGAGAGCCGCAAGCUGCUGAUCUACUCGGCCCGCAAUCCGGAGCAGGAGGAGCAGCUCGGCAGCUACGCAGUGCCGGGCGCUGUUAGGCGGAUCCUCUACCACUUUGAUGCCAUCUACGUGGCGCUCUCGAAUGCCAGCGUUUUGAUCUAUCGGCGCGCGUUCGACGGGGUCUGGCAGAUGCGCGAGCCGCAGCUGAUUGCGCUGGGCGAGACGGGCUUCCCCGUGCCCAGCCUGCUGCCGAUCAACAUGAAUAUCUAUGCCUCGUGCUCGAACCGGGUGUACGUGCUGAACGCCCUCAAUGGGGAGAUGCAGCGCAGCUUCGAGGUGCAGCACGGCGCCACCCAGGAGGUGAAUCUGAUGGCCCACUCGGGCAUUGGCCUGUGGAUCUCGCUGAAGAACUCCACGGUGCUCUGUCUGUACCACACGGAGACGUUCAAGCAUCUGCAGGACAUCAAUAUCGCGUCCAGUGUGCUGCGGCACGACGGCCGCAAGGAGCUGCCGCUGAACAACACCUCUGUCUAUGUGACCGCCCUGAUGGCCUGCAAGGGCCUGCUCUGGGUGGGCACCAAUGUGGGCAUUGCCGUCACCAUUCCGCUGCCCCGCCUCGAGGGGGUGCCCAUCAUCAGCGGCGGCAUCAACAUGUCCUGCCACGCGCACUUCGGCCCGAUCACCUUCCUCCUACCGCUCAUCCCGAAGGUGUAUCCCACCUACAAGCCGCCGCCCGCCGGCCUCACCGUACCGACCACGGUGCCCAGCAUGGGCGACGACCUCCAGCUGCCGGCCAUCGAUGCCGAUCCCAAGCUGGAGAUCGACGAUUGCUCCGUCGUGCUGCGGCGCGAUCUGAACAAGUCGGCGGAUGGCUCCGCCUCGAUUCCCUCUGGCUCCAUUAUGAUCCGGGACCUAAGCACGGAGACCGCCGGCGGCGGCGGUGGCGGUGGCGACUCGGCUGCUCCCUCGGCUACUUCUUCGCCGCGCAGCUCCAAGCUGGACAAGCAGGGAUCGCUGGACCAGAGCUUCACGGCCAAGAUCCGGGCCUCGCUGGCCAACUCGCCGGCGUUCCAUCGCAAGCGGUUCCGCGAUUUGGGCGCCGCUCAGGAUGCCCGAAUGUCCAAAACUCUACCCAGGGGACAUGGCUCAACGGGUGGAGCAGCUGGAGGCGGCGCAUCGGGCGCUUCAGGAGGCGCAGCAGGCGGUUCGGGUUCGGUUUCGGGCUCGGGCUCGCAGCAUGGCGGGGAGCAGGGCUACUGCGAUGUGUACGGACUGUAUGGCAAGCUGAUUUUCGUGAAGGAGGACUACGACGCCGAGGAGGGGACGCAGGGCAAUCUCAUGGACAUGAUGUACGAGGGAAUGCGUCGCUCCGAUCCCGAACUGGCUGCCAUACCCGGCAAGGUGUGCACCCUGGACCGGCGUCUGCGCAUGAAGGCCUCGCGGCCGCGCUCCCUCGACCUGUCCAACUGGUCGGUGGACUCCAAGUCCUCCAGCCUGUACACGUCGUCGGGCAGCGAGGAGAGCAUGGGCAUUCGGCUCUUUGGCGGCCGUUCGGUGUCCCGCAACAGCAGCAGCGCCAGCCACAAGACAUCCGGCACUGGCAGCGAUCUGGGCAACAUUUCCGAGAACGGCCUCAUGACCACCGCCGACAUCCAUCACCAUCAGCAGCAGCAGCAGACCCAGAGCCAGAGCCAGACCCAGCACAGCACUCCCAAUAAAUCGGAGAACACCUUGGGAGCAGGAACGUCAGCAGGAGCAGGAACUUCAGCUGGAGCAGCAGCAGGACAGUCAUCGGACAAGCCGGCGGCUGCUGUGGCCACACUGAAGCGCAAGCAGAAGCAAAACACCAAGCAGCAGCAGCAGCAGAGCGCCGACGGGCCGCGCACCGUGAUCACCCUGAUGGGGGGACGCGGCUAUUGGCGGCACCUGUGGCAGAGCCCGAACGCAUCCCCCAACCACAAGGGCAGUGGCAGUGGUGGCAAGAACGACGCCUCCGGCUGCGGACCGAGCGGCUCCGGUAAUGCUGGCGGCGGCGGGGGCUCCUCGCCGUCGAGUCCGUCGCUGACGGCCAACUCCAACGAUGCUCACAUAGUGGUGUGGGAGAAGAAAUUAUAAAAUCAGGAGUUGGUGUGCUGCUGCACCCUUCAGCAGCAGCCCCACCAGCACCAUCCGCCCCUCACGGAGCUGUGGCGCCGCGUGGGUGAGCAGCAGCAGCAGCAGCAGCAGCUGCAGCAGCAGCAGCGGCGGGGACGUGGCCGUGUCCGCUUCCGCGGUUCGUUCAUGCAGCGGGAUCGCAGUGCCGGCAACGAAGGAGGCGGGCUGCUAAGGCCCAGCACCAGCACCGGCGGUGGAUCCGGCGGCAUUCUGAGCUCCAGCUUGAAGCGGCUCACGAAGCUAAAGCGAGGCGGCAGUCUCAAGGAGUUUUAAAAAUGGAGCAGCAGAGCAGCAGCAGCAGCAUGGAAUGGAACGGGACAGAGUCCUGCAACCAUAACCAUUAAAAAAGUAACCCAUAAACAUAGCCACAUUUGGUGUACCAUUUAGGCCACUUAUUACAGGCACAAAGUCCGCGGCCACAUAUUACUUGCGUAGUAGAGUUGUUUUCGAGGGUCUGUCCCCCCCGAAGCUUUGGGGGAUACCCAAUAACCAAUAUCGAAUAUGAUUAUUACAAUAUAUAUAUAUAUAUAGCGAAAAUCUUUCUGAACAAAAACCCAUCCAGCCAUCAUCAGCCACCAGCCAUCCAGCAGCCACCAGACCCCCCCCCCAACCCAUUCCCAUUCCCAUCUCACACUGCAUUAACUCCAUUUGUUUCCUUCUCUCGCUUAUUCUCUUUAAUCUCUAAAGUAGCCAUACGAAAAUGUGUUUUUUUUUUUUAGUUUUUAUAUAUAUUUAGUAUAUAUAUAUGUAACUCUGAAUAUCCAAAUAUACACGCGUGUUUUUUUUUUGUCGUUAGUCGUUUAAGAUCUACAUGUUAUAUAGCAACUAUAUAGAGUGCUAAGGAAUAUACAAAUACAAAUACAUAUACAUAUAUAUCUAUAUACAUACAUACAUAUAUACAUAUAUAUAUAUGAUUAAUAUGAUCUACAGAUCUAGGCUAAGUAAAAAGGGAGCGGCAAAGCCAACAAAGCUAAGGGAAAUGAGAAAUGUUGUCUGUACAAACAAUUUGUUGUUAAGGUAAUAGCUGAAACAAAAAAAAAACAAAAAAACAGAAAAGAAAAAGAAGAAAACGUGAAUGUGAAGAGAGUGUUUCUAUACGAUAUAUACGACACAUAUGAGUAUAGACUGGCCCGGAUUGUGUGAACGAUAUAUACAGAACAGAACAGAACGGAACAGUGCUAUAAGAACGAAUGAAUCAAUGAGUGUGUUUGUGCUUGUGUUUUGGAACUGAACUUAUGGAACUGGCGCAGGGCGGCGGGAUGUGCAUACAUACCCGUAUGUAUCCCUCAGUGAGAGCUUUUUGGAGGUGUUUUUUUUUUUUGGUUUUGUUUCUUGGAUCAUAUACUCCCUACUCCUUACUCCUUAUUGUUGUGUGGCACUGUGUGCUGUGCUUUUGUGCUCUUGUCGUCAGUGUCGUAAUUUGUUAUAUUCGAAAGCAUUUCCUUAUACAAUUUCAUAACGAAACUAGAUCUUAGUCCCCCCCUAUUAUGGGGUUAUGGGACACAUACUCUUAUAUGCAUUGGAUGUGCACACGAACCACAGAAACGGCAACAAUUUAUAGAACUCUAUGUGUCCACGAAUAUUUGUAAACGUUUACAACAAACAAAAAACAAAACAACAAACAAAAAACAAAUUAAACAAGCAAAAAGAAAUGAAUUUUUUUUUUUCAAUU